AUGGACUUAAUAAAAGAAAUAAAUGAAAAAUAUUUAGCUCUGGAAGCUGAAGUUGACAAUAAAUUAGAAAAGAUCAAACGUGAUGAAAUAAAAUUUGAAAAAUGCAAUGCAGUAGCAAUGGAAAAAUCACAAAAAAAUCAAACAGACAAAAUGCUAACUUUCGAAGAGGCCAUGACAAGGAAUGCAAAUUUAUUAAAGUCCUUGGAAAUGACUAAAGCACGUUUACGUUCGCGCUCCACAUUUUCACCUGUUGAGCAAAUUUUGGAAAAUGCAUUGAAAAACUAUAAAAUGGAUUUGGAAUUGUCACAAAGUGAGGGAAACGGCAGACGCCAUCAUCACACUGCAACUGAAAAUAUUUAUGACACAGUGCCUUAA